CUAUACGUCUCCACCCGACUGCCCGCCCGCCCACCCGCCCGCCGCCGCCGCCACCAUCAUACCCAUUGUUCGCUUCUCCCCGCUACAUUCCUCUGCGCUAACCCUAAGAUAUCGUCCCUCGGUCGGUAUGUCGGCCGCCUCCAGAGGCACCCUCUCUCGCCUCCGUCUCCUCUCCUUCAGCUGUAGGCUCGAGGCACCCCACCAGCGAAGCUUCUGCGCGCUGCCAGUCGUUGGAGAUAGCGAGAUCGAGGCCAGCGGUCGGGUUAUCGAGGCCAAGCCUGGGGUUAUGACACCCAGCUCGAGAAGGACAGGGGCAAUCGGCGUCAAGUGCGGGAUGACGGCGCUAUGGGACAAGUGGGGCGCGAGGAUUCCGAUCACUGUGCUUUGGAUGGACGAUAACAUCGUUUCCCAGGUGAAGACUGUCGAAAAAGAGGGGAUUUUUUCUCUACAGGUCGGAGCUGGACAGAAGAAGGAGAAGCAUUUGACAAAGCCAGAAGUGGGACACUUCAGAGCUCAAGGGGUUCCUCUGAAGAGGAAGCUGAAGGAGUUCCCAGUGACAGAAGAUGCACUUCUUCCAGUAGGUACACAGAUCACAGUCCGGCAUUUUAUUCCUGGACAAUAUGUUGAUGUCACGGGCAUUACACGCGGUAAAGGUUUUCAGGGUGGGAUGAAAAGGUGGGGUUUUAGUGGAAUGCCUGCAUCACAUGGUGCAUCAUUAUCACAUCGAAGCAUUGGUUCUACUGGUCAAAGGGAUGCUCCUGGAAAGGUCUUUAAAGGAAAGAAAAUGCCUGGACGAAUGGGUGGAAAGCAGUGCACGGUAAAGAAUGUAUGGAUAUACAAAAUAGACCCUGUCAGAAACUUGAUGUGGGUGAAGGGUCAGGUACCGGGGGCUGAAGGAAACUUUGUUUUUAUCAAAGAUGCUGUAUACAAGAAGCCAAACAUAUCUCUACUACCAUUUCCGACCCACUUUAUCCCUGAAGGUGAAGAUACAUCAGAACUGGAACCACUAACUGCUGAACUUGGGGAAGUUGAUCCCUUCAUCGCAGCAGAUUAACCAAUGGUUGCAGGUUUUUAGGAAAUUAAUUUCAGAGAUUUGAGAAUUACUGUCUCGAAUUGCACACAUGAUGUUACAAGCUUCUGGCAGCAGUUACUUCUUUGAGGUCAGGUAUUCAGAGAAAUUUUCUGAUCACUUAUUGUAACAGAAGUGGCAAUUCACAAUAAUUUUCCUAUAUAAAUUGGCUGUCUUUACUAUUAUUUCAUGAAAAUUGCAUCCGUGUGGUCACAGAUUUUCCAUUGCUAUUGUUUUUGUUUCCUUUGCCA